CCCCCACCUGGAAGCCCCAGGGGUCCAGUCUGUCAGUUUGGAAGCCUCUUUCUUACCUGGUAACUGUUUUUUCCUGCAGGUGGUAAACCCCAAAAAGAAAAUGAAGAAAAAGAAAUAUGUGAAUUCUGGCACCGUCACGCUGCUGUCCUUUGCCGUGGAGUCAGAGUGCACAUUUCUCGACUACAUCAAAGGAGGGACCCAGAUCAACUUCACAGUGGCCAUCGACUUCACGGCCUCCAAUGGGAACCCCUCGCAGUCCACGUCCCUGCACUACAUGAGCCCCUACCAGCUGAACGCCUACGCGCUGGCGCUGACCGCCGUCGGGGAGAUCAUCCAGCACUACGACAGCGACAAGAUGUUCCCCGCCCUCGGCUUCGGGGCCAAGCUGCCCCCCGACGGCAGGGUGUCCCAUGAGUUCCCGCUGAACGGCAACCAGGACAACCCCUCGUGCUGCGGCAUCGACGGCAUCCUGGAGGCCUACCACCAGAGCCUGCGCACCGUGCAGCUCUACGGCCCCACCAACUUCGCCCCCGUCGUCACCCACGUGGCCAGGAAUGCGGCCGAGGUGCAGGACGGCUCCCAGUACUCCGUGCUGCUCAUCAUCACGGACGGGGUCAUCUCGGACAUGGCGCAGACCAAGGAGGCGAUCGUCAACGCUGCCAAACUGCCCAUGUCCAUCAUCAUCAUCGGCGUGGGCCAGGCGGAGUUCGAUGCCAUGGUGGAACUGGACGGCGACGAGGUGCCGAUCUCUUCCCGGGGGAAGCUGGCUGAGCGGGACAUUGUCCAGUUCGUGCCCUUCAGGGACUACGUGGACCGCACGGGCAACCACGUGCUGAGCAUGGCGCGCCUGGCCCGGGACGUGCUGGCCGAGAUCCCCGACCAGCUGGUGUCCUACAUGAAGGCCAAGGGCAUCCGCCCGCGCCCCGCACCUGAGGCCCCCGCCAGCUCACCCUCCCAGUCGCCAGCCCGCACGCCCCCCGCCUCCCCCUCCCCAUCCCCCUCCCCCGUGCACACGCACAUCUGAGCCUGGCCCGUGGCGGGUGGCUGGGGCCUGGGGAGGCCGGGGGAAGGGUGCCUGGGUCCCUGGAGCCCCACAGUCCGCCUGGCCCAGCCUUUGGGACCCGUGUGGCGGAGGACGGGCCUCUGGAGACGCCCUCCCAGGUUCCUGGCCUCGCUUAUGGCCCAAACCCAGGGAGUCAGGCUGAUGGGGCCCUGCUCUUCUCCUCCUCCCCUGACACUCGGCUCUAGUCCAGCCAGGAAGGUGGUAGCAGUCAGGCUGAUGGGGCCCCUCAGCACCCUGGACCGUCCCGUCUGCUACUCUCGCCACUGAAGCCGGGGCUGGGCCUCCCUCCUCCAGGCCCCCGCACCCUCCCCUCCUCCUGCGCUGUCCACUCCGCUACCUGGCCCUGACCCCCACCCCAGCACCUACCCUGUCCCUCUUCCCAGUGAGCCCCUGGAGGCUGACGGGUUGGCAGGAGGCCUGGACAUGGGGCCCUCCCAGGGACACUUGCUUGCACUGGGGACCCCGCAGCACCACGAAGGGGCGGCUGUGAUGUGGACCGUAGGCCGCCCGAUGGGCCAGCCACGGAGGCUUUUCAGGCACAAGGUCUUUUCCAGGGCCCCCAGCCCAGCACGACACUGGUUCUAGACACAGAGCCACAGGCCUCUCUCUGGCCUGUGGGCACCACAGUUGACUCCGAGCUCCAGGCACCCCUACCUCCCCCCAGAGGCCGCCCAGGGUCCUUGGUGCCCACUCCUCCGCUGCCCACCUAGAGGCCUGGGCCAGGAGCAGCCCAGCCCUGCACUCCCACACGGCCCCUGCCCCCCACAGACAGGAGCCAGGGUCCUGGGCUCAGGCCCUGCUGCAGCCCCUGCCUGCUGUGGGAGCCUCGGUAUCCACAUCUAUAAAGCAAGAGGGUUGACCAGAUGGUCUCAGGGUGACCUUCCGCUCUGAGGCCCUGAGAGUCCAUUCCUCCCAUGCCCAGCCUCCCCAUCCCGCCCCCACCAGUGCACCUCCUACUCCAGGCCGUCUUGGCUCUAGGGUCACCCUGUUCCAUCCUUGGGCUCUGCCACCUGGGCCCGAGCCCCUGCCCCGGCCGUGGGAAAGGUGAGGAAGGUGAUCUCACCCCUGGGCACACCCACUGCCCAGCCUCUCCCGCCUGGGAGCAGGUCAUGCAUGCCGGUCCCUCCUGCCGCAUGGGGCUCCGCAGCCCGCUGAACGUCCUGUGCCUGGGCGCGACCAGGCCCCACCCUGUCUGUGCCCGGCACCGCUCCCUUCCUGUCAUGCAUGAUGGUGGAGUUUCUACACUGUCUGGUCCUGUGCCUGUGUCUGAGAGUCUCUGUGUGGAAUUUGCCUUAAACUGAAGUAAAUUUGGUUCUUUUACUAAA